AUGUUGCCUCCUCUCUUCGCCUCUCUCUCUCUUUCUCUCUUUCUCACUCAUCCACACACACAUACCCUCUCUCCCUCUGUGUCUCUCUGUGUCUCUCAGUCACUCCCCGUCUCCCUUCCCCUCCCCUCCGCCAUCUCCCCUUCUCCUUCCGCUGCUGCUCCCGCUGCCGUUGCUUGUCUGCCGCCGCUGCAUCCACCGCGUCUCCUCAUCGGUCGGGCUCAACGAGACCGACCAGGCCCAGACCGGUCAGCCCCAAUACCAGCACCCACCCCCUCCCUCUUCUACCUCAUUCUUAAGCUAGUUUAUCGCAUGUUACCUCCUUGUGGGAAGAUGUCUCUCUUUGGCACGCCCAGCUAA